UUUUUUUUUUUUUUUUGGCUAGGCCGAUUGGAGCCAGAUUCUCUCUUGUCUAGUAGUAAGUAUAGUCAGUAUUUAUUACCUGGGUGAUUUAAAAAUGGUGGGAAGUUUAAAGCGUUUAUAAAGCGUGUUGGGGUUUUCUGUGGUGAAGCUGAAUUAAUCCGAGGAGAAAAAAAAGUCCAUUACAACAACAGUAAAAAGACAUUUGGACAACAAAGGAGAGUUUUUAAAAAUUAGUCAGAUUAUUUAAUCUGUUCAAAGUAAAUCCACAACUAACGAUGGAAGAAAAGCAGUACACUUCUUUGACGGUUCCCACGGAUUACCUUCAGCAUUGGUUUCAGUCAACUCAGCAGUUCCAAGCCCUUCAAGCUACGCAAUACCACCAGAUGUCAACUGUUUCUCCAUACAUGGACAGGUCAGGAGAAGGCACAGAGAUGACGGAGCUUUCUGUCCAUCAGGAGCCUGCACCUGUUGCAGAACCAGCUCCUACAAAGGGAAAGCGAGGCAGACCUCCUGCAAAAGAGCCAAAGAAACCUGGUCCCAAAAAAGCAAAGGCAGCUGAUGGAGCUGCCGGAGGGAAGCAGGAGAAGAUUUCGGAUGCCUUCAAGAAAGUAAAGAGGAAAAUGAAUCGCUUCAACGGUGUGUCUGAGGCUGAACUCAUGAUGAAAACUCUGCCUGAUAUUCUUACGUUCAAUCUGGACAUUGUGAUUGUUGGUAUUAAUCCAGGACUGAUGGCAGCUCACAAAGGACAUCAUUAUCCUGGGCCAGGGAACCACUUCUGGAAGUGCCUCUUUUUGUCUGGCCUCAGCGAUACUCAGUUAAAUCAUGUGGAUGACCAGCUAUUGCCAGAAAAGUAUGGUAUUGGGUUUACAAACAUGGUGGAGAGGACAACUCCAGGAAGCAAAGACCUUUCCAGCAAAGAGUUUCGAGAAGGAGGCAGAAUUCUAGUAGAGAAGCUAAAGAAGUAUAAACCAGUUGUAGCAGCUUUUAAUGGAAAAUGCAUUUACGAAAUUUUUAGCAAAGAAAUCUUUGGCGUCAAGAUUAAGAAAUUUGAAUUUGGUGUGCAGCCUCACAGGAUUCCAGAAACCGAAACGGCAUGCUAUGUGAUGCCCUCAUCAAGUGCACGCUGUGCCCAGUUUCCCCGAGCCCAAGAUAAAGUCCACUACUACAUCAAGCUGAAAGAGCUGCGUGACCAGCUGAAGGGUAAACCAUCAGUCACCAGUGAUGUGCAAGAGCUGGAAUACAGUUUCGAUCUGAAGUUGGCAAAGGAGGAUGCAAAGAGGAUGGCUAUUAAGGAGGAGAAGUAUGAUCCAGGUUACGAAGCUGCUUUCGGUGGUGCUUACAGCGAGUCUGGACCAGAGGGCAAUGGCCCCUGUAAUUUCUCUGCCACUGAGCCAGAAGCUGGCAGUAAGGAGGUGGGUACACCACCUGCUUUUGGACAGGUUCCAGAAGGACAAUGGAUGAUGCAAUCGUUUGCAGAUCAGAUUCCACACAUUGGCAGCUGUAGCACGCAACCUCGAGAGGCAACAGGAGCUGAGUAAACAGUUCAAACUCGGGAACUGCAUGAUCGCUGCAGUUUUAGUGCAGUCACCAAGACACCAAACCUCAGUUCCUAAACUGAAGUCUUUAAUUCCUCCUCUCUUUGUUUUUUUUUAACCGUAUCAGGUAUUUUAUAAACCGGAGAAUUACAUAGUGAAUUGCAUUUUAAGUAGGUUAGUUUAUCAUAUGAAAGCUAUUUAAAGAUGAUAGAUCUUUUUUAAGUAUUUAAUGUAAUUCAUACAUUAUGUUUUCUGGGGUUUUUUUAUGCACAUUUUAAAGAUAGGGACAUUUUACAAAGUGCUAUUUUGGUAUUUGGUCUGAAAAUGCAAUAGUACUCCCAUUUUUUAUUUUGUAAUGGAUAUUUCUUAACUACAACACAUCUGGAUGUUACACUAAUACUUGAUCAUAUUGUGUUUUAAAAUGAAGGUGCUUCAGUAAUGUCUAGUGAUUUAUUUUAGGCUAAUUUCGUUUUACUUGAGUCUAGAAUCUAGGUCCUAUUGCAGUUGAAUCCAAUAAGUAACUACACACUGCUUUUCAAGAAACUAUCCUACCUGAACUGGCCAAUUUGGUAAUUAAUACCUGGUUUUACAGCUUGGAUGGGAUAAAACCCAGAACUGCCUCUUGACUUUAACCACUUUACCAUACUGAACAGUACCGAUUAGUAUUGUUGCUCUUAAUGCUCAACCAUAUAUUGAGAUUAAGCAAAACAGAUAAAGGGGUCCACAUAGUAGCUGUUAGAGCAGGCUGGUAAUCCUAGUUCAGAAUGCUGGUUGGUACUACUGAUCUUAUCUACUCUAGCAUUUAAAACUAGCGAGUGACUUUUACCAAGUUGCUGUUGCAUAUGUAUCUAUUUUAAGUGCAUAUUUCAGAACCUUCAGUUUUUCCUCAGGUGAGGGAAUAGUGUGAGGAUGCCUCAUUUUCAUUGCUUACCAGACUGACUCCCAUCAAGAGUAGAUGCAUUUAAGUAUGGGCAUUAUAAACCUUGUUGCAUAUACAGUGCCUUUUUGGCAGAUUGGCAGGUUACAGCAAACUAAUGUCAAAAACCUGUUGUGUGGGAGCUGCUUAGUGGAUUAUGGAUUGUUAUAAAUCACUGUCAUGGGUUGGGGGAGAGUGAUUAAAUAUAAGUUUACAUCUUCACUUUGUGUCUCCAGCUACUGUAAAGUUUUGUCUGUUGUAAAUCUAUGAGUUUCAUUGAACUUGUAAAAAUUAAUUGUGUGCUUAGAUUUUGUAUAAAAAAACAAAAAAAAAAACAAAAUGAGAAUUUUUUUUUUUUUUUUUCACCAGUCGAGAACAGUCUCUCAAAGAGAAGGUUUUGACGUGUUUGAGAGUCUAGGCACCAGGGUUCAGUGAUUGCUGGCAGGUUAUAGACACCUUUUGUCUGGAUCUUCCAUCCCCCCCCCCCCCCUUUUUUUUUUUUUUUUUUUUUUUUUUGAAUAAUGGUUGGUUAAAGAAAAAUAAAUGCACAUACCAUGUCUAUAAGGGCUUUGCUGAGGUUCUGUGAAUGAGUGGGACCGAAAACACUAGCUUGACCAUGAUGGACUCGCUUAUUUGAUUGCUUCUCACAUAAAUAAGGCUUGUGUACUACUUUUAGCAAGAUUUUGAAUCUACACUUUUGGGACUAUUUUAAACAUAUGUAUUAAGCACUCCUAACUUGCUUAUUCUCUUCAGUGCUGUAAAGUUGUUUUUUUUUUUUUUUUUUUUUUUUUUUUUUUUAAAUUGGUGCUCUGACAUCAAGUAUAUUCUGAAUUGUCUCUGCUGAAAAUUAGGAAUUUUUUCAGCUUUUUACUCUAGGGUGACAAGCCAAUUUCCUUACUUUUGAGAAUGCAAUCAACUUGUAGAUUUAUGUGCUGCAGACUCUGAGAAGUUGGGGUGAUCUUCCUUCAUUUUUAGUUAUUAUCCUGAUAGCAGUAAUUCUUUGACUGUUUUAGCCAGGCCUAUGUGAAGAAGGAGGCUAAGUGCAAAAUAGUACUUAUUUCUCUGACUGGUAUUUUAAUGUUUUAACCAAUGAAUUAAGAGCUCAAUCACAAGUGAUGUAGGUGCUCUUAAUACAAUGGCAGCUAUUUGAAAUGCCUUGAGCUGUAGUGUGUUUUGUAUUUAUUAUACAAAUAUGAGUGUGUCUUUAACAUUUGGUAGCUGAUUUUAUUGCACAGGAAAGAGAGAGGUGUAUUUUAAGUAUGACCAACCUGACCUUGCACAAUAAAGAUUUUGCAACCUCUAUGUAUGUCAAGUCU